CCUCUUUUCUUCAUAUUAGGACAGUACACAUGAUCAAACUUUGUUACUAAAACUAGAUGACGCUAGCUACCAGUUGAAGAAAAAAAGAAAAUCGAAAUCCACGAUAUUGGUUGGUCGAGUUUUUGACAAGCCAUUGCAACGAAAACGGUUUUCUGCCUCGGGUCUUGUGUGAAGUGUGUUUGUCGUGUGUGUUACCUACUUAUUUCGGACACAAGUGCAAUUUUAAGUGAUUUUUGUGUUUCGUGUGAUAAUGGCAACGACGUUCCCGUCGUCGCCUGCGUGAACAAGUGAGACUCCAGUGCAGUGAACCCCACGGGCCCGCCGCCUCAAGCGUCACCCGACCACGAUGAAAAUGGUGUUGUCACAACGGCAACGAGAGGAGCUAAAUAAAGCGAUCGCCGAUUAUUUAGGUAGCAAUGGCUAUAAUGACGCGCUGGAAGCGUUCAAAAAGGAAGCCGAUAUGACCGGCGAAAUGGAUCGCAAGUUUGGUGGCCUUCUCGAAAAAAAAUGGACCUCAGUUAUCAGGCUGCAGAAGAAGGUGAUGGAGUUGGAGUCAAAGUUGUCAGAGGCUCAAAAAGAAUACAUCGAAGGUGCGCCGACGCGCGCCAAGCGCAUGCCAACGGAAUGGAUCCCGCGGCCACCGGAGAAGUUCUGUCUCACCGGGCACCGGGCCACCAUUACUAAGGUAAUCUUUCAUCCAGUGUUCAGUUUGAUGGUGUCCUCGAGCGAGGACGCGACCAUCAAAGUAUGGGACUUUGAGAGCGGCGAGUACGAACGAACCCUGAAGGGGCACACCGACUCCGUUCAGGAUAUCGCCUUCGACCAUCAUGGAAAGUUACUCGUGUCGUGCAGUGCGGACAUGUCGAUCAAGUUGUGGGACUUCAACCAGACGUUUGAAUGCAUGAAGACGAUGCACGGCCACGACCACAACGUGUCCUCGGUCGCGUUCUCGCCGAGCGGCGACAUCGUCUAUUCCGCUAGUCGGGAUAAGACCAUCAAAGCCUGGGAAGUGGCCACCGGAUACUGCAUCAAGACAUACAAGGGUCACCGUGAGUGGGUUCGCAUGGUGCGCGUGUCGCCGGACGGCACCCUCCUCGCCUCCUGCUCAAACGACCAGACUGUGCGCAUCUGGAACGCUGACACAAAUGAAUGCAAGAUGGAGCUGCGCGAGCACGAGCACGUGGUGGAGUGCGUGGCGUGGGCGCCCGACGCCGCCGCCGCCGCCAUCAACGAGGCCGCCGGCGGCGACAACCGCCGCGCCGCGCACGUCGGGCCCUUCCUCGCCAGCGGCUCCAGGGACAAGUCAGUCAAGAUCUGGGACGUGAGCACGGGACAGUGCCUGGCGACGCUGGUGGGGCACGACAACUGGGUGCGCGGCGCGGCGUGGCACCCGGGCGGGCGCUACCUGCUGACGGCGUCGGACGACAAGACGCUGCGCGUGUGGGACGUGGCGCACACGCGCGCCGCCAAGACGCUCUACGCGCACCAACACUUCGCCACCAGCCUCGAUUUCCAUAAGAACUUGCCAUACGUGAUAUCGGGCAGCGUCGAUCAGACCGUCAAAGUUUGGGAGUGUCGCUAAAGCGUUGCCAUUUUAGUAACUUAAACUCACCGAUGAUAACCUUAUCAUUAUUUUUCACGUCGGAUAGCUGCAAUGAGAGCAAAACGAAUUGUUAUUACAACAGAUAGAUCAAUUUGGAACAGAGAAAUGUUUCUUCAUUUAGCUCAUUGCGGUUCUUUCGUAUACUGACGAUGCUAUGUCUCUAUCUAAAUUGGUGAUAUCUGCUGUCCUGGUUCGCGUUAUGUGUUUCAUUUCCUUCGGCUUAGAUUCACACAUUCCAUUUAAAUGUAAUGGCUAAUAGGUAGUUUCAGCAUAAUGUUAGUUAUUGAGAUGAUUUACGAAGUUUGUAAAAGUUCGGAACACUUUAAAACUAUUAAACCAGUGACGUAGCAUUCGUCUUGUACCAGAUCGUAACGUUGGAGUGAGGAGUAAAAACUGUGUUAUAAUUUAACAAUUCAUUAUUCUGUUUUAUUUUAUAGUUAUUGUUUAUUAAUAAGUGCGUUUAGAUUAAAUUUUAUUUGGUAUAAUUAGUUAAUACGGUUUCUUACGUGUCCACUGUAAACAACUUUGUUAAUUGAUAAUUUUAGAUUUAUUAAAAUUUGAUAUUGAAGGUUAUUCAUGACAAUCAACCGGAUAAUUUUAAUGUGAGUAAAGAAUUGAUUGAAGUCUCCCAUCUGCCAUUGUACAUAAAUCUGUUUGUGUUUGUCUCAGCUCGAUAUGGUGUUCAUUAUGUUUGUUGGCGAGGGGACCAACAGCGCUAAUGAAUAUCUAUGGAGACACAACACCGAGUGCAUCGUUCGUUAUAAUGUUAUGUGGAUAAGCGGGGAUUGUAGGGAGCACGCUUUUUGAUAUCUGUUUCAUAGGAACUUAUUUUAAGUUUUGGCGAUUCAAAACUUUAACUAUAAGUUAGAACGUUAUUUUUUUAUUAUUUAUUUAUACAGCUCGCAGUUUUUAAAUCAUCACCUCUUAUCGAAAUUAUUGUCAUGUGCAUUGAGUUGCUAGUUGUGUGGUUUUGUUGCAUCGUACGUUUUACACAUCAUUAUAAUCGGAAGUAGUGUAAGUCGAUUUUCAUAUUAUUAUAUAUCGUACUCAUGCGAGGAUUUACGUAAAUUAAAACGUGUGAUAUUUGAUUAUAUAUAUUUUUCUUCAUUUUCGUUAAAGGUAGCUAGAUGCAGAGAACGCCUAUUAUGUUCAAUACGUUAGUUAUUUAUUACGGUAUUGCAGAAUAGGUUGUCCGGCAUAUUACAUAGAAAUUAGUGAUUGUAGAAAUAUUAUGUAUGGUGAUACUUCGCUUUGCCGUGUUAGUGCAUGAAAAAAGUGUACAUUGCCUGCAUACUUGAGGAAAGCCUUAAGCGGCACCAUGCUAAGUAAAAUAAUAGUUCUGAUUAUAUGGGCUGCAUUUUGUCGCUUUCGUAUUAUAGAAACUUUGUCUGCGUGCUUGUAUUGCGACAAUGAAGUUAACUUUAGGAAAAGUACCAAUUUUCAUAAUGAAUAAAUUCCAUAGUUUCGCUUACUCAAUGUAAAUUCGUAAAUACACGAUAACUAAGAGAAUAAUAUUAUAAGUUCUUCGUAUAAAUUACGAGAGUGCUCAAUAAAAAUAAUAACAGACUAUAAUUUUUGUAAGGAUGUUGGUUGCCAACAAUUUCAUUAUAAGAUGCUUAUGAAUGUAAUGCUGCAAACGUGAUUUAAAAUAGACUUUUGGUUAAAUGUAAACAAAUUUGCAAGUUUUUAGUAAACAAACAUCACAAUAACAUGACCAUAUCUAGUCAUCAUGAAAUAUAUUACAGAACUUGCAAUUUGUAUUAGAUUUAGUUUUCAGAUCAUAAUAAGAGGCCUUUGCAAUGUUUUUUUAUAACAUUGUAACAUGCUAAAUAUUAUAAAAAUUCAUACCAAAGCUUAUAUUUGAGUUCGUGACUGUAAAGAAUUAUGACACCAUAAUACAUUUCAAAUACUUUAUAAUCUUAUAACCAUAGAUGUGUAUGUGUUGAGCACUCUCAUUAUGUAGUACUUUGUCUUGGCGAUCUAUCAUUGAAGCUUAACGAAAUAUAACCUAUAUCUUAAACGAAUAA